UAGAAAUCUAGAUAAGUACUAGAAAUACCAGAGCACCACCACACUUACAACCCAACACCCUCACAAUCCCAUAUCUCAUAUCUCAAUAUUUACUUAAACUUCCUACUUUAAUUUCUUCUGUGUUAACCAGCGCAGCCACCUUAACUUUUCCCGUUUUCUUUAUACCACACCAUACCAUCUACCGACCGUAUCAGCCGAACUCACCGCCCCGUCCCGAUGCCUCGUCAUACUGUAGGUAACAUAGCACACACAACCCUAGCCCCGCGUAGCCUAAAGUCUUGAAACCGCAGCAGUGCGUCCCAAAAGCCGAAAAGAAACGCAAACAUGAACGCAAACGCAAAAGCUGAAAGCCGAAAGAAGCAUAAAACGCAGAAGUAUGCAGAAGCAAAAGCAGAGGCAGAGGCAAAUGCAGAAAAGCAAAAAGAAAGAAAGAAGAAAGAGGAGAGAAACCCGUACCUAACCGCCCCUCUAACGCCGCCAGCCAGAUCCGCCCGGCUCCGUCCGUCCGUCCGUCCGUCUAUUUUCCGCCUUGCUAUCUGCUACCACCUACGCUCCCCAUGCUUGCUUGCUAUGCAUGCUUGCUUGCUAGCAUCGACGAUAGGUAGGUACCUAGGUAGGUAUGCAUGCCGCAUGCGCUGAACCGAACCCAACGCCCCGCACACGCUAGGUAUGUACAGUACCCAGGUGUCGAGCGUAUCCUAUACCCCCCUCCCUCCUCUCCCUCUCUAUCUCUCUCCCUCUCUCGCGCGCGCCGUAAAGGAAGAGAGGACCAAGCCAAGCCAAAGCCAGCCAAAGCCAGCCAAGCAACAGAUAAGCCAACUCUGCCGCACGCAGCCGUUUCCAGGAGGAAGUGAUGCAAAGCGCGCAAAGCGAGCAAAGCAAGCAAAACAAGCAAAGCAAGCAAAACAAGCAAAGCAAGCAAAACAAGCAAAGCAAGCUAGCAGAGCUCAGGUAGACAAGCAAGCAAAGCAGCAAGCAAGCAAGCAAGCAACCCCACUGGGCACACCUACAUACACCACCGCGCACAUAGUUCAGACGACACCCGCACCU